AUGCAUACCCCCAUCUCAAAGCUGCUCACGGCGUGCUUGCUCGCCGCAAGAUAUUCGAUGGCUCAGGGUCCACCCGGCAUGCCACCCUGGGCGAACAACGGUGGUCAUCCUCAAGUGGACCCUCUAGCCGGCAGUCCAUGGAGCCCGCAGCCUGGCGCAGUCGGUAUCCCUGGCUACAGGCCGGGUGCUGGUGGCCCACCCGGCGGCUGGCAGGCGGCGCCUCUUGGCAUGCCUCCUGGUGGUGCUCCUCCUGGUAUGCCUGGUGCUCCACCGAACGGUGCCCCCCCUGGCAUGUCCGGCCCACCUCCUGGUGCCGCCUAUGGUAUUGCUUCGGCGGGCCCAGAGCCUAGCUCCGUCAAGGCUGGCGGCGAAAGCGAGCUUCAGCUCGAGCAAGGCUUUCCCGGCCGACCUACCAAGUGUGCCAUGUACACCUACGUGCCCAAGACGUACAAGAACGGAAACCCGCUCGUCGUCGCGCUGCACCACUGUGGCGGAACCGGUACCGGCUACUUCCGCGAGAACGCCGACUGGGCCGCCGCUGCGGACCGCAAGGGCUUCAUGAUGAUCUUUGCCAGCUCUCCCGGCGGUACGGGCGGCUGCUGGGACGUCUCCAGCCAGAGCUCGCUCAAGCAUGACGGCGGCGGCGACUCACAGACCAUCGCGAACAUGGUGAGCUAUGCGCAGAAGAAGUAUGGCGCAGGGAAGCAGGUGUAUGUGGUGGGUCACUCGUCGGGUGCGAUGCUGACGCAGGUGAUGGGCGCGACCUACCCGGAUGUCUUUUUGGCCGGCGCAGCAUAUUCAGGUGUCCCAGCGGGCUGUUUCAGGACGGACAAACCUCAAGGCGCCGAUUGGAACAGCACCUGUACGGGUGGCACGCUGAACGAACCGCCAGCCUACUGGGCCCAACAGGCCAAGGACAUGUAUCCUGGCUACAAGGGUUCUCGCCCUCGGAUGAUGCUCGUCCACGGCAACCGCGACCAGGUGAUCAACUUCAACGAUCACCGUGAAGCAACCAAGCAGUGGUGCACCCUGCACAACCUCGAUCCGGAGAGUCCGACCAAGAAGUAUGCGCUUCCCUCGCAGCCCAACUACGAGGUGUCGGUGUACGGCUCUUCGGUCAUGGCCAUCACUGCGGACGGCGUGACGCACGACAAUCCGGCCAAGGUCGACGAGACAUGCCAGUUCUGGGGUCUCUAG